AUGAGUAAGAAUUUAUUAGAUAGGUUUUUCCACACAAUUAACGAGCUAUUGGAGUUGCAUGGGUUUCAGCGAGGAUCUCGCAACUGGCUGUUGCACGCACGAUAUGUUCGCGGUGAAUCCGCACAAUGCUUGCGUCAUAUUGAUGAACUUCAAAUUCGUGACAACAAUACCCAUAAACAUGCUCAUUUUAUUCAGGCGUUGAUUCUGGCUGAUUCGGGCCGUUACCAAGACGCUUUGGAGAAGUUCCAUGCGUGUAUUCGACUCGAUCCUCAGCAUAUAGAAGAUUUGAUACAAACUGCCAAAUGUUUGUUUCGUCAAGGCCGUUACCAACUUGCUCUAGAUACUCUUCUGGAAGCUGACAGAUUAUCACAGCAUCCGGAUCCUACUCUUUAUUCUGCUUUAGCUGAAUGUGCGUGGUCCUUGGGAGAUAUUAAGCGUGGUGUGCAGUGGGCUCGCACGGGGGUCACCGCGGGAGGGGGGGAGAGAGCCGGCGCACUCCUGGCCAAACUGCUGGUGGCCGCUGGAGACAUGGACGCUGCUUUACAGGCUUAUGAUAAUACUUUGACAGAAUAUGCUUGCGGUGCUGAUACGCUAGCAUCCGCAGGCGUGCUGCAACUCCGUCUAGGUGAUCCCCGUAGAGCAUUCCAUCUUCUCAGCGAAGCCUUGACCCACCAGCCGGCCCAGCACGCAGCAGCUCUUGGCCUGGCAGCACUCAUGCUACAACACAAAGAUCUAGACGCAGCGCUGGCUAGGCUUAAAGCAGCCCUGAGCGUGCAUCCUACCUGUGUCGCUGCCCAUUCUAAUUUGGGCCUAGUUUUACUGUCCAAGAAGAAAUAUAUUGCUGCGUUAACAUGUCUCCAGCGUGCAGUUUGGACGGCACCAAUCAGCGCAACAGCAUGCCACAACCUUGGUCACCUACUGCUGGUCUGCAAGCGUCCAGCGUCUGCCUUCUGUAGGUUAGCAACGGCUGCAGCUUUGAGGCCUUCACAGCCAUAUACAAUACUCCUAAUAGCAAUAGCUCUAGAACGUUUGCAUGAUCCGAGAGCUGAUGCUGCGUAUAUGCGAGCUGCGGAAAUGGAUCCUGAAGACGUACUGAUAAGGCUGAAUUUAGCUGGAAGACACGCGCGGGCUGGUCGUGUUGCUGAAGCAGCAGAUGUAGCUAAGUUGACAGCACAAUUACUGACCAAAGAAAACAAUGCGCAAUUGGCGGGAUCCCUUGCUAUGCUGAUGACAUUGUUAAAAGAAGCCGGAGUGAGAACAGAGGUGGCAGGAGACAUGGCGGUAUCCGAUAAACUUCACACAGACAAUCAAUCUCACUCUCUUGACGAAUUGGAUCCUGAUGAAGUAUGAAAGUCGCAUACUUUUACUUCAUUUUGUUGUUUUUUCAACUAUAAUAUUUGAAAAGAUAUUAAUUGUAUUACCAAUAAGUUUAUUAUAUUAAAUUGAGUAU